AUGCAGGGUUUGGCGGCGACCACUGACCGUGGCACUCUUACAUAUCUAGCUUCCAGGGGUCAGAGCCCAUAUCUAAAGAAAUACGUGAAACCUACAAGAGUUUAUUUCUCCAACUUUGGUCCAUUCCCCAAAUUAAUCUCAAGUCGUCCACAAAGACAGAUUGUUCCUCUUUUAGCAAAUGCGCAUGUGGACUUUGCAUCAUCAUCCAACCAGCUCUUUGGUCAUGGUUUGCCACCGUUGGCUGAUCUUGGUACGAGAAGAAACCUGAGACCAAGAAAGCCUGUGGCUGUGAAAGCAUAUUAUAAAGAUGAGAACAUUUCAAGAUUCAGAUUACCAAAAUCCGAAGAGAGACCUGAAUGGUUCUGGAUGAUCAUGGCUUGUGUACCUUAUUUGAUAUCCCUCAAAAUGUCUGAAAUAGGUUUCUACAUGAAACCUUUCCUUCAGCAGCACGGCGGCGCCAUUGGAGAAACGGUCAUAAACUUGCUCCCAGGAGCAGCUCAAAACUUGCAACACAAGUUCUUCGUGGUGUAUUGCGUCUUAGGGUUCGCGUGGGUGGUGAAGAACAGAAACUUGCCUCACUACUUUAGGUAUCACAUGAUUAUGGGAAUUCUUGUGGAAUCAGCAAUGCAGAUCAUAUGGCGCACGAGCGAGUUCUUCCCGUUGAUCAACUUCAAUGGACGGUUGGCCAUACAUUACCAUAUGGUGAUGGGGUUUAGCUUCCUUUGUGUUCUUCUUGAGUGCUUACGAUGCGCAUUGGCUGGAACCUAUGCUCAGAUUCCAAUCCUUAGCGAUGCUGCUUACAUCCACACGCGGUUGAAUUUGGCAGAUUGGCCCGAGCCUUUGAGAUUUCUCAAGCAUAAACCAAGACGUUCUACUACUUGA